AUGACUACAUCUACGGCGACCAACCAGCAGACUACAUCAUCAGGUACAAAUCAGGAAUCAAGGUGUACACCUGAAGGCCAAGGGAGCCACAUGAACAUGUUCUCCAACCGACAGCAGCCAAAGAAAAAGAGGAAGUCGAGGACGGCUUUUACCAACCACCAGAUUUUCGAGCUAGAGAAGCGGUUCCUAUACCAAAAGUACCUCUCGCCUGCUGACAGGGACGAAAUCGCCGCUCAGCUGGGACUCAGCAACGCCCAGGUCAUCACCUGGUUCCAGAACAGGAGGGCGAAGUUAAAGAGAGACAUGGAGGAGCUGAAGAAGGACGUCGAAACUGCCAAGGCCUUCGCGACGCAGAAGUCCUUCCUCGAAAGCGUCCACUCGUUCGGUAUGCUGAAGAAAAAGCCUGUCACCGACGAAGACGAGAAACCCAUCGAAAAAUAAGUUCCUCGUGUACAAAAACACAUGCUAAUUUGUAAAUACAAUGUAAAAGUUUAUUGACGUUGACAAAUGUCCUUCAGCUGAGUCGCUCAGUAUCAGUAUUAAUUUAUAGAAUUACCAUUAAUUUUUAUCGUGCAAUCUCAUCUCGCGAUCUUGUUUUGUAUAUAAAGCACAUGUACAUAUCUAUUAUAUUUAAAAAGAAGAAAGUAAAGAAAAAGGACAAUUGUA